CUCUUUCGGUCAACUCCAGUGAGUGACUCUGGUAGCCAGCGUUUGUUUACGGUUUUGGUUUUCUCCGUUGCCAACAAAUUCAAUUAAAUUCACUUCACGCAACUCGGGACCGAUUAAAAAGGCGGACGCGCAUAUCCAAAAGCACACCUUACGUUUCAUCACCAGGUACUCAAUACCAUCAAGAGCAUUUCGAGCAGCUUAGGUACCUGCAUACAUAAAUAUUAGCUCUGCUGUCCCCCUCCACCAAGCAAACACCUACGCAUCUUCGAACCAGUGUGAGGAGAAAACGGUACGCAGAGAUCACAAUGUUAUUAAGGUUGCGAGGGCCAGAUGGCAUGCUCCGUAUAGAGCUGGACCCAAAAGACACUUUCAACAAGCUUGGACAAGAGCUUGUGGGCAAGCUACCGCCCACCGUCGACCCUGCAACGAUCACCGUUUCCAAUGCGCCAGGAUCUCAAGGUGAUAAAAAGCUGUUGAAAGAUAUCGCCAAGUACAAGGUGGAGGCUAUUGGCUUAAAACACGGAGACCUUAUUUUCGUGGACUACAAACAUCAAGGAGCAGACGCCAACGGGACAGCCAAUAGCGAUGGCGCUUCCCAACCUUUAACCUCGACGACAAACCGUUUGAACGGUCAGCCGGUUCUCCCGACCGAGGAUCUACCCAUAGACCCGCUGCCCACACCGGCUGCAGGUGCUACCAUCAAAAACCCGUGGGAGGUUGUCAGGCAGUCACCGCUAGAUGACAGGCUAGACAAGAAGGAUGGAAAGAUACCGAGAAAGAGGGACGCCAUGUGCCGUCAUGGGCCCAAGGGUAUGUGCGACUAUUGCCAGCCGCUUGAUCCCUUUGACGCCAAGUUCCUGGCCGAGAAGAAGAUCAAGUACCUUUCAAUGCACGCCCACCUCCGAAAGAUCAACUCGGCCACGAACAAGCCCGAACUAGGAAGCUCCUUUAUCCCUCCACUAUCUGAGCCCUACUUUCGUGUGAAGCCCGACUGUCCGUCAGGCCACCCGCAGUGGCCCGAGGGCAUAUGCAGCAAGUGUCAACCGAGCGCCAUCACGCUGCAACCACAACCUUUCCGCAUGGUUGAUCACGUCGAGUUUGCCUCGCCUUCUAUCGUCGACUCCUUUAUCAAUACCUGGCGCCGGACAGGCGGUCAACGGUACGGUAUCAUGUACGGAAAAUACGCAGAGUACGAAGAGGUGCCACUAGGAAUUAAGGCGGUCGUGCAGGCAAUCUACGAGCCUCCACAGGUUGAUGAAGUUGACGGUGUCUCGUUGAAUUCCUGGGAUAAUGAAAAGGAUGUCAACCAAGUGGCGAGGUUGUGUGGCCUAGAGCCGGUUGGCGCCAUAUGGACAGACUUGCUUGAUGCAGGGGCUGGCGAUGGAUCAGUGGUUUGCAAGCGCCACGCAGACUCUUACUUUCUCUCCUCUCUUGAGGUUUGUUUUGCAGCACGGCUGCAGGCACAGCACCCGAAGCCGAGCAAGUGGAGUGAUACUGGCCGUUUUGGGUCAAAUUUUGUCACAUGCAUCAUCUCGGGCAACGAGCAGGGCGAAAUCGCGAUAUCGUCGUAUCAGGUUUCAAACGAGGCGGUCGAGAUGGUACGAGCCGACAUUAUGGAGCCAUCGGCAGAUCCUACUGUGAUGCUGGUUCGGGAGGAAGAGGAAGACGAUGGAUCGACGAGUCGGACGCGGUACAUUCCUGACGUAUUCUACCGCCGAAUCAACGAGUACGGGGCCAACGUGCAAGAAAAUGCCAAGCCUUCAUUCCCGGUCGAGUACCUUUUUGUCACGCUGACACAUGGCUUCCCCGAUGUGGCAAAGCCCAUAUUUUCGGAUGAGGGUGCGUUCCCGAUCGAGAACCGGGAGUACAUGGGCGAGAGCCAAGAGCACAGCGCGGCCGCCAAGGCUCUGAAGGUGCAUGAAAAGGCAUCUUCUGGUUCAUCCAAGGACGGAAUGAAGGUCUCCAAUUUCCACUUAUUGUGCUUCCUGCACCAGAUGAGUGACGAGGAAAGCUUGUUAUGUCGUGUAGCGACGCAACAUGACCUGGCCGACGCUUUCCAACUGCGUUCAACUACGGGUUGGCAGACACUGAUGGCAAUUUUACAAUCGACUGGUGAGAGAAUCCCCAAGCGAUCCCGGCAAACUGAUGUUUUGACUGCAGACCCUGCAGCUUCCUCAUACCCAGGCCGCCGUGGAAUUGAUGACUCCGAUGAACGACUUGCUAAGCGUUUUGCCUCCGUUAGGCUGAAUGCUCGUGGUGAUGGGCUCAACGGUCGCGACCUCCCGUCUGCUCAUGAGACUUGA